UCCACGCAAAAGACAUAUACAAAGAGAGACAGAGACAUAGAGAAACAGAAGAACAAAGAUGGCAGCAGAGGAAACUGGUAAAUGCUCUGAAGCUUAUCCAAUGAAAGGUGGAGAUGGCCCCAGCAACUAUGCCAAGAACUCCAUCUACCAGAAAGGAGUAAUUGAUGCUGCCAAAGAACUUCUAAAUAAGGCGAUUGCAGAAAAGCUUGACAUGGAAACAUUUUCAUCUGCCAACUCCUUUCACAUUGCAGAUUUGGGUUGCUCAGUUGGGCCUAAUACAUUUUUCGCAGUUGAAAACAUACUUGAAGCUGUUCUAUUCAAGUAUCAAAGCCGAGGGCUGAAUUGUCAAAUCCCUGAAUUUCAAGUCUUCUUUAAUGAUCAUACCUCAAAUGACUUCAACAUGCUCUUCAAUUCCCUCCCUCAGAAUAGGCAAUACUAUGCUGCGGGUGUGCCUGGUUCUUUCUAUGGUCGAAUACUCCCCGAUGCUUCCAUCUACUUUUUUCACUCUUCUAUUUCCCUUCAGUGGCUUUCUAGAGUACCAAAAGAUGUAACAGACAGCAACUCCCCUGCUUGGAAUAAAGGACGAAUACAUUACUUAGACUCCACAGAUGAAGUAGUGAGGGCUUACGAAGCCCAAUAUGCCGAGGACAUGGAGCACUUUCUGCAUGCCAGGGCACAAGAGACAGUACAUGGAGGAUUGAUGGUACAGUUGGUACUUGCCAUUCCUGGUUACCCAGCUGAUACACCUCCUUCUCAUACUCUGGCAAAUGUCAUCUAUCAAAUUUUAGGAUCUUGCCUCAUUGACAUGGCUAGGAAGGGAGUAGUCAGCGAGGAGAAAAUAGAUUCAUUUAAUGUGCCUAUAUACUAUGUGUGUCCCCGAGAACUGGAAGCUGCUGUAGAGCGAAAUGGAUGUUUUAGCAUAGAGAUAAUGGAACACUUACCUACUGUGAUGGAACCCGGAACUAUUUCAAAAAAUAGCAAACUCUUUGCAUCUCAUAUGAGAGCUGUCAUGGAAGGACUCUUCAAGCAGCAUUUCAAAGAAGAAAUCUUAGAUGAGCUCUUCGACUUGUUUCAUAAGAAAGUUGAAGAGCAGCACUCCGCAUUUGAGUCAGGGAAGGGAGUGGACAUCCUUAUUGUUCUUAAACGCAAGGCAAAUUGAUUUCAACAUGCUGUUUUCUAUGAUAUGUCAAUUCAGUUCUCUUAUCGUACAACUAAAUGGCAUGUAAAUUGCUGCAAUAUAAAUUUGUAAGCCAGCUAUAUAUAAUAAAAAGGAGAGAAAUGAACUCCAGCACAAAUGUGAGUUUGAGCUGUGGCUGAUGUAUACUCAAACAUCUUAUUAACAGUAAAAUAAAGCUCAUUUGGACA